AUGGCUUCCCAGAGUCCAGAGCUACCGAGCCCGACAGUAUCGACAUCAAAGCAAGAGUCGAACCACCAACAUCCAAGCGUUGUGCAUCAGACAGCACAUUCUACCGGAGAGGCGAUGGCUGAGGAGAAUGUGGAGGGCGAGGAGCCUACAUUGACUGAUCAACCUCUCAACGAUGGGAACGAAAAACCGGAUGAUGGUGCCUGCAGCGAUUACACUACAGCUGAUCAGCAACGGACAGAAGACAUUACAUCAGACGAGAUAGAGACUACAUCAGAUAUUGUGAGACAAGCACGCCGAACAGCGGACUCGUUAGAUCGUGACUGGGAGACGAUAAUACGAGUUUGUAUUGAUUUGGCAGAAGCCCUAGCAGGGACUAUUGACGUCGAUCAAAUGAGGAAGAACAAAGAUGUUUUGAUAAACGAGAUGAGGGGCUUCACAAGAAGAAUUGAGUUCCUGCUCCAAUGUGUGGAAAUUCUUGACGCUUCUCGUGAAGAGCUUCUAGAAAAUGUUGAGAGAGGGUCAAAGUUCCUGCAGAGUUUGAGCGAAACAUCCGAAACGAGCCAAGCGGCGAGAUUCUCGAUGGUUAGGGAGUUGAUAGAGAAGAGGAAAAGCUGA